AUGGCGAAGGACGGUGCUUCCAUGCAGGCCUUCAUGCUCGACUUCGUGCUCGGCGGCUUCUCGGGGGCGGUGGCGAAGACGAUCACGGCACCGAUCGAGCGCAUCAAGCUUGUGGUGCAGACGCAGGAUGCGAACCCGAAGAUCCGGAGCGGCGAGGUGCCGCGCUACAAGGGCAUCGUCGACUGCGGCCAGCGCAUUAUCAAGGAGCAGGGCUUCAGGCGCUUUUGGGACGGAAACUUCACGAACUGCAUCCGCUAUUUCCCGACGCAGGCUUUCAACCUGGCGUUCAAGGACACGUUCAAGAGGAUGUUCCCGAAGUACAACCCCAAGACCGAGUUCCCGAUGUUCUUCGCCGCCAACCUGGUCUCGGGAGGGAUGGCCGCGGCGGGGAGCCUCACCAUCGUCUACCCGCUGGACUACGCGCGGACCCGGCUGGCCUCCGACGUAGGCUCUGGCAAGAAGACCUUCACGGGCCUCGGCGAUUGCAUCGUGAAGACGAUGAAGGGGCCUGGCGGGUUCGGGGCGCUUUACACGGGCUUCGGCGUGUCCGUGGUGGGCAUCGUGGGGUACCGCGGCUUGCAGCUGGGGACCUUCGACACCAUCGUCGGCCUGAACCCCUACAAGAAGGACAAGGGCUUCAUGGGCGCCCUGACCACGUUCGUCGCGGCGCAGACCGCCAUCACCAUCGGCGCGGGCGCCACGUACCCCUUCGACACCAUCCGCCGCCGCCUGCAGAUGCAGUCCGAGAAGCCCGUGGAGGAGCACCUCUACAAGGGGACGAUGGACUGCUUCAAGAAAAUCGCGUCCGAGGAGGGCUUGGCCAAGGGCCUCUACAAGGGGUUCCUGGCCAACGUCGUGCGCAGCGUCGGCGGCGCCCUGGUGCUGGUCUUCUACGACCGCGCCAAGAUGUACCUGGGCAUCUGA